UGACGAUGAGGAUAUGUUGACUGAAUCAAAUCAAAUAAGUUUUGACAAUAGCACAUUUCCCAAAGAACUUAUUAAGAAUUGUAGAUUAACUAUCACUGGAAAAAAAUUGGACAAUAUGUUAGCAACAUUCUUUGGUUUAAAAUGUAACAUUUGUAUCAAUACAACAUGUUUUACGACUAUUUCCAAUUUGAUAAAACAUUAUGAAGAAGUCCAUAAUACAAAAGGCUAUGUUCUUUGUUGCGGUCAAAAAAUUACAAGGCAGAAGGCAAUGGCAAUGCACAUGGCAAGUCAUAUUCAACCAGAGGCUUUUACUUGUACCAUUUGCAAUAAGAUAUUAACCUGCCCUAAAAUAUUGCAAAAUCAUAUACAGAAUCAUUUACCAGAAUCACAGCGUCCUUUAUGUUGUCCAGAACCAACAUGUUCAAGACGUUUCAGUUAUUACAGUGCAUUAACAGCUCAUCAGGCAUCACAUUUAAAUGAGGAGGAAAAGAUAACGCAUAUUUGUGAAGAGUGCGGUAAAAUUUUUGGUACUGCGAGUGCUCUCUCGACACAUAUAAACAAAACUCACAAAGUCAACCAAAAAGAUAAGUACAAAUAUGUAUGCCACAUAUGCGCCCAUAGGUUCAGUAAUUCAGGAAACCUUGGAUAUCAUCUCGGCACACAUGAACAUAAAAUGUUCAAUCAAGUGCAAUGUCCAGAAUGUGGCAAAUGGUCCAAAAACAAGCAAUGCUUAGCCAAACACAUGACACAACACACUGAGGCUCCAUUAAGCUGUGAAUUUUGUACUUACAAAAGCAAAUCUAAACAAGCCUUACGAUUGCAUACUCAAACACAUCACAUAGAAGGAAAGCACUACAGUUGUGAUGUUUGCAACAAGACAUUCAAGAUGAAAUGCACUUUAAAUGCACAUGCUGCACAACAUACAGGGGAAAGAAAAUAUAAAUGCAAUUUCUGUGAAAAAACUUUUGUCAAUUCAGGCAAUUUUUAUGCACACAGGAAAAGAAUGCAUUCAACAAAAUUGAAGGAGUUUUAUGAAGAACGAGACCGAUUAGAAAAUGAAGAAAGGAUGAAGAUGUUGGACAAUCAAAACAUAUGAAUGAAAAUGUUUUAAUAUAAAUAUCUCAGACCAUCAAUCAUACUUUUUUAUUAUAAUAGUAUGCAUAGCAAAUACAGUGACUACACAUUAUGACAGCUCC